CAGGCGGGACACAGUAUGGGGAGGCGCUCCUGCUGCCACAGGCAGCGCAUACCGUUGGUGGCAAGGCUGGGUGCUGCGCUCCUGCUCCUGUGCACGCUCCUGCUCCUGCGUCCCGCAUUUGAAAACAAAGCCCUGGCCUCUAGCUGGUUUGGAGGAGUGAGGAAGAGUCCUCUACAGUUGUUGCAUGCCCUGGACCAGGGUGGGCACUCCGCGAUGGCCGAGGUACACCAGCAGCGGCGCGAGCUGCUACACCGGGCCUGCAGCCGCCACACACGACGCCAGCGCCUGCUGCAGCCGGAGGACCUGCGGCACGUGCUGGUGGACGACGCACACCGGCUGCUGUACUGCUACGUGCCCAAGGUGGCCUGCACCAAUUGGAAGCGCGUGCUCCUGGCGCUGCGUGGCCGUGGGGACCCGGGCUCAAUCCCCGCGCACGAGGCACAUGCGCCUGGCCUGCUGCCCUCCCUGGCUGACUUUACACCAGCUGAGGUCAACCGAAGGCUGCGCGACUACCUGGCCUUUCUCUUCGUGCGCGAGCCCUUCGAGCGCCUGGCCUCCGCCUACCGCAACAAGCUGGCGCGGCCGCACAGCGCGGCCUUCCAGCGGCGCUAUGGCACGCGCAUCGUGCGCCGCCUACGACCACACGCGCAGCCCGACGCGCUGGCCCGUGGCCACGACGUGCGCUUUGCCGAGUUCCUGGCCUACCUGCUCGACCCGCGCACGCGCCGCCAUGAGCCCUUCAACGAACACUGGGAGCGCGCGCACGCACUGUGCCACCCGUGUCUAGUGCGCUAUGACGUGGUGGGCAAGUUCGAGACUCUGGCUGAUGACGCAGCCUUUGUGCUGGACCUGGUGGGUGAGGCUGGCCUACGCUUCCCCGCUCCACCACGGAGGCCAGAGAAGGACCCCACUCGUGACCAGGCCCGGCGCCUCUUCCAGGACAUCAGCCCCUUCUACCAGCGCCGCCUCUUUGACCUCUAUAAGAUGGACUUUCUGCUCUUUAACUACUCUGCCCCCUCCUACCUGCGGCUGCAUUAGGGGCAGUGCGUGUUGAGAAGGCCUGUGACUGCUGUGACCAAGAGGCCGCCAGGAGGUCUGGAAUGAACUCGAUAGUGUGGAUUGGAGGACCAUUCUCCUACCUUACCCAGCGGGCCUGACCAAGAUCCUGGGAGCAGGUCACACUCAUACCACCUGGGUUGAGCACAACUUGCCUCAGAUAUGGUUCUGGCCCUUUCUGCCUUUGGCAGCGUCUCUUCUGCUGCAGGUGGCAGGCUUCUCUCCAGGACCCCGGUUUUUUGUUGGUUUUUUUGUUUGUUUUUUGUUUGGUUCGUUGGUUGGUUUUUUGUGUUUUUGUUUUUGGCGGUGGUGUGGUUGUGAGAGACCAUUCCCCGUCACGUCUCCGCGGAGCCUGUCCAUGGUGCUACAAGACAAUACCAGGGUUUGGUUUAAUGUCGUCUUCUCUUCACUCAGGCUAGCAAGGGCAGGCAUAGCCAGAGAAGACAUGCCCUGGCCAGUCUUGGAAAGUGUGGCUGUCCCUGUCAGUGGGAGCUGCCUGCCACCUUGGCAGUCACAGGAUGGUAGAGUAGUCGCCAUUCCGCCUCUACCUGGCUGGUCUACCUUUGAUCGCGUUACAAAAUUCCAGAUCUUCCCCUGUGUCUUCAGACGCCAGCAUGCAACAUGGUGGCAGGGUUGGGUCAUGUCUUUUAAAUAAAUACGUUUUACUACGUUU